GCCUGGAUUUUCUAUCAUCUACUUCCUCCGCUUCGUCUUUCGAGAGAGACAGUGGGAGGGCGCGAUAAGCAGCCAGCCAGCCACCGCAACGCCAGCCGAAGGAGGCGUUCCUUAUUUGACAUUAUUUAUUCCAGUAGCAGCAUCCGAUACACACAGAAACUGAAGUCGCAAGCGUCCUCAUCGUCAUCUUGGAGCUCUUGAUUCGUACACUCAAAACCCUUAUUUAGUUUCUGGAGGUUUAUCGAAUCUUAAAACAACCCAAAUUCCCAGCUCCCAACUCCCAUAUGGCAUACUGCACUAAAUUAACUCCUUUUACUUUCGCUAUACCAUACGAGAAGAGAGUUUCUCCUACGCAUUUCAACAAGCAUCUGGCGUGCUGCAAAUCGUCAGUCUUCAGCCGGGAAAAGAUUGGGGCUUUUCAGACAUCUUUUAAAGGUUCUGCCUUUGGUAAUUCCAACUCAACAACCCGAUUUCAUCCACGCUUUUUAUCGUUGUCUGUGGCAUCGAACUUUCGUUUCCAGAACCGUUUCAAUUGCUCAUAUUCAGAUGCAGCCAGCUCAGAACAACAACAGAAACCAUUGCUGACAAAUCUCAACAAAUUUUCAUUGGAAUCGUUGAGAGAAAUCUUUUCUCGCUUGACUCCAAUUGUUAUAUGCAAAAUGGCUCUAGUUUUCUCUGCGUUGAUUGCAGCUACAAAAUUGACAACUCAAUGUUUAUUCAGCCCUUUCUUCUGGACGUAUUUCAGCUAUACAUGGCUGUUCUGGCCUUGGUUUCUUGCUAUCUCUGUUGCUAUUUACGGUUUGUACUGCCUCAGAAAAUACUCUCUAGGUGAAGCAAACGUGAUUGAGCAACUCGGGUUGGUCACUUCAGUGAUUAGUUGGCUGACAAUUGUUCCACCAGCUCAUUUCAACGGUUUCCUUGAAGGUUGGCCAUUUGUGUUCUUCUUCGUCUAUCAUUACUUCUUUUUCUUCAACGUGAGUGUUAGGAAACGAUUGUACGGAGACUACUAUCCUCGCCAGCACGAUCCCAAAUGGGAUAUUAAUCUGCCACUAGCCAAUCGUGUCCUGUUUAGUGCUGGAGUCCUGAUUGGCCAUUGGCUUGCAGCUUUUGAAGGACCAGAACUACAUCUUAUUCCAGGUGGGUGGAGCAAUCUGUUUAUUUGGACCUUGAUAAUGGUUACACUGUUUGUCCAAUACAAUUCCACAUUACACCUUGCUAACUAUUCUGAGAAAGUGGUAGAGCCAACUGCAGUUGUGCAGUUUGGUCCAUUCAGAUGGGUUCGACAUCCAACAUAUGCAUCUAUGAUGCUUUUGUCUGUCUCAUAUUGUGCUGCGCUAAGAGCACCUAUGAGUGCAUUGUUCAUAGUUGCAGUCUGUUUGAUGUACUAUCAGCAAAAGGCAACAAUGGAGGAAGCUGCCAUGUUAGACACAUUUGGCACCCAGUAUGAAGAUUACAUGAAAAAAGUCCGAUUCAGGUUCAUACCCUUUAUUUACUAGUCAAGUUUCAGAUAGAUUUAUGCCUUGGUUUUGUAUUCUGGUAACUCUCACUACUGAAAGUGGUUUCCUUAUCAAAAGAAGUAGUCUUUGUGUUCAACUUUUUGUCUUUUUUAUUGUGUUACCAUUAAGAAUUAAAAACAGUUCAGUUUAAC